AUGGCACAUUGUGGACUUAUUGACAUGGGUUUCUCAGGGAGUCGCUUCACAUGGUCAAAUAAAUUCAUGAAAGAACGACUUGAUCGCAACUUUCAAUCUGUACAAUGGAGAAGCAGGUUCCCAUAUAGCAGAGUAGUGACUCUAAGUCCAAAUGAGUCAGAUCAUUGUCCCUUACUGAUCGAAGUGAGCGCAGAGAAAAUUUCGCAUAAAAAAGGUCCAAGAAGGUUUCAGUUCGAGGAAAUAUGGCAUGGGAAUGAAAUGUGUAGCAAUAUUAUACAACAAGAAUGGGCAACGCCCACUACGGGUAAUGCAAUGCGACAACUUGGACACAAGAUUCAACAAGCAGGAAAAAAACUAAUGCAAUGGCACUCAACUGAAUUUGAUAAACAAAAGAUUGAGUUGAGAAUCAUUCAGGAGAAACUGUACGACAUUAUGAAACAGCCUUAUUCCCCUGAACAAUAUGAGGAGCAACGUCUUUUGCACAUCCAACACAGUAGUUUGCUUGCGCAACAGGAGAGGUAUUGGAGACAACGAUUCAGGGCCAUAUGGUUGAAAUAUGGCGACCGUAACUCUGCUUUCUUUCAUCGGCGGGCUAGUAACAGGAAAAGCCGCAAUACUAUUAAGGGGCUAGUUGAUGAGGAUGGGGUUUGGCAGAAUGACCCUUCUGAAAUCAAAAGGCUACUUAUGAGUUAUUUUACCCAAGUCUUCUCCACGGAAGGUGUGGACCGUGAUGCCCUAAAUGAAGUCAUUGCUGCAACACCAGUCAAGGUCACUGAUUGGAUGAAUGCCGAGCUUACUAAGCCAUAUACUGAUGAGGAAAUUCGUACGACGCUAUUCCAAAUGCACCCGUCUAAAAGUCCUGGACCGGACGGUAUGACUCCCUUUUUCUAUCAAAAGUAUUGGAAUAUAGUGAGUCUUGAUGUGUGUACUGCUGUUAGAAACCUGCUCACUAGUGGUGAAAUUUGGAAUGAGUCCAACUUCACACACUUAUGUCUGAUCCCAAAGAUUAAAGAUCCUAAAGAUGCAAAACAUUUUAGACCUAUUGCGUUAUGUAAUGUCAUAUGCAGAAUCAGCUCUAAAGUGGUUGCCAACAGGUUGAAAUACUCUAUUCUAAUUCAGGGUGAACCAACUUCCAUGAUCACUCCUACCCGAGGUAUACGACAGGGGGAUCCUUUAUCCUCUUAUCUAUUCAUCUUGUGUGCAGAAGGUCUGUCAGCUCUCAUAUCUAAGGCUAUUGAGUCAAAUGCCAUUGAGGGGCUUAAAAUGUGUCCACAUGCUCCUACUUUACACCAUCUGUUUUUCGCAGAUGAUAGCUUUUUGUUUGGAACAGCUAAUGAGCAAGAAUGUAUUCAAUACCGAAGAGUGCUUAAUGUCUAUGAGAAUGCUUCAAGACAACAAGUAAACUUUCAGAAAAGUAGUGUUGUAUUCAGCAAUAAUGUCCUUCAGGACAAACAGAUGAAGCUAGCUGAUAUUUUGCAGGUUAAAUGUGUGAAAGAGCAUGAUCGGUAUCUUGGUUUGCCUCUGAGAGUGGGCAGAUCCAAAACAGCAAUUUUUGCAUACAUUAAAGAGAAGUUGUCAAAGAAGUUGAUUAGUUGGAAGUCUAAUAUUCUGAGCUCUGCAGGCAAGGAGACUCUGAUCAAAGUUGUUGCCCAAACAAUGCCAUUAUAUGCCAUGAACUGUUAUCUACUACCAAAGGGUCUCUGUGAUGACAUUCACCAACUUUGUGCCUCCUUUUUUUUGGGCGAUACUGAGGAGAAAAAGAAGAGUCAUUGGCGGAGUUGGGAAAGAUUGUGUCUCACAAAACAUGAAGGAGGUAUGGGUUUUAAAAAUAUUUAUGGAUAUAAUUUAGCUAUGUUAGCAAAACAGGGAUGGAGAUUAAUAUACAACCCUAAUUCUCUCAUUGCUCAAUUAUACAAAGCUCGCUACUAUCUAAAUGACUCCUUUUGGGAGGCUGAAUUAGGGGAUGCCCCUUCAUUUUCAUGGAGGAGUAUACUACAGGGUAGACCUGUAUUACAUGUGGGGAUACACUGGCGUGUAGGAGAUGGUUGUGAUAUAAAUAUAUGGAGGGAUAAGUGGAUUCCCAACUGUGCACAGUAUUUAAUUCACAAACCACCACACUGUACUUUGAAACAGGUCUCGAAGCUAAUUGAUGUUGGCAGUCGAUCUUGGAAGGAAGAUGUGAUUAGAGGUGUCUUUCCUUCUGAUAUUGCAGACAAAAUAUUAUGCAUUCCCUUAAGCAUGAGAACUAUGGGACACCAGGGUGACCCUUUUCUUCCUCUCUGGAAGCGUCUUUGGCAAGCAAACAUCCCUGGGAAAGUGCAAAUCUGUUUAUGGAGGGCUUGCAAUGAUUUACUUCCUACAAAGGCAACCUUACUUCGGAAAGGAUACACAGGAGACACGAAUUGUUUGCUUUGCCUAGCCAAGUUUGAAGAUAAAGCUCACAUAUUCUGUAAGUGCCCAACUGCUCAAACUAUACUUUCACCUCCUCCUUUUAAUCUGCAACCGAGCUUACUUCCAAGCAUCGAUUUCAAAGAAUGGAUGCUAGACCAUGCUCUCAAUCUCAGGCUUGAUACUUUUGACAAGCUUCUCAUGGUCAUUUGGGCCCUUUGGAAGAACAAAAAUAAUAAAUUUGGGCUUGGAACUUGUCAAUCUCCAAAUGAUAUUGUGUUUGGCACUUUGUCGUGGCUGGAUGAGUUUCGAAAAGCCCAGAAUGCCAAGCACAAACCAAUUGAAAAACCAAGAAGAACAUGGAAGCCUGAUGCUCAAGGUAGAUGGAAAGUCAAUAUAGAUGGCAGUUUUCUCCCUAACCAAACAAGAGGUGGACUGGGAGGUGUACUGCAUGAUGCUCAAGGCUCUUUCAAGGCAGCUUUUGUCAUGCCAGUCCAACAUGUUGCAGGGGCUAAGCAAGUGGAACUCCUUGCGCUAAAAACAAGUUUAGAGCUGCUUCAAGCCUUUCCCAACCAACCGGUUGUUAUUGAAACAAAUUGUCUCGAGGCAACUACCGACUUGGCUAAUCCUAGAUAUGAUAUGCUGGAGUAUGCUGGAAUCCUUGAUGAUAUCACACUAGCUUUACAAGCCAAACCGGAAGUGCAAAUCAACUUUGCCCCUAGAUUGUGCAAUAUGGUGGCCCAUCGCCUAGCCAGUCUAGCUUUUGAAGACCAUUAUAGUUCAGUCUAG